AUGCCGAUCGCAACAUCGAACAUCCCUAGACAGCUUAGAGUAGGAGUGAUUGGUCUCGGUCGUAUGGGCCAGCGCCAUGCAAUCAAUGUGGCGUUUGCUACUCCUCGAGCCAAAUUAGUUGCUGCCUGUGAUCUUUUGAAGGACAACGUGGCUUGGGCUCAAAGUGCUUUGCCUCCUGACACUCGAGUGUAUGACGACGAAGAUUCCUUUUUCGCACACGAGGGUUUAGACGCCAUUCUUGUCGCAACUGAGACUAGCACUCACGCUUCGUUGGCUUACCGGGCUCUUCAGCAAGGCAAGCAUGUCCUUGUUGAGAAACCAAUCUCCGUUGAUCAAGAAACUGCUGAAGAGUUUGCCGAACAAGUCAGUCAGUUUCCUAAUCUCAAGGUCAUGGUUGGAUUCUCGCGUCGGUUUGAUCAAUCAUACCAAGAUGCGAAGAAGCUAAUAAGUUCGGGAGCUGUGGGCAAACCGUUCUUGGUCAAGUCAUCAACCAAUGAUCAAUACGAUCCAUCAGGAUUUUUCAUCGCCUACUCCGCCAAGUCCGGAGGCAUCUUCAUGGACUGCGGUAUACAUGAUAUUGACAUGGCGCGUCACCUGCUCGAGAUCACCUCGGAAGAUCGUGUAAAACGUGUUUUUGCGAGUGGUACCAACGUCAGACACCCCGAAUUGGCCGAAAGUGGCGACGCAGACAACGCUUUGGCUAUCGUGGAAUACGAGAGCGGCAAGAGUUUCACUUUUCACCUUAGUAGAACCGCUAUUCACGGUCAUGAUUGUGCAUGUGAAGUUCUUGGAGAGGAGGCCAAACUCAUCAUCAAUCAGAACCCAAGAUUGAAUAGAUUGGAGGUGGCAGAUCAACACGGAGUGAGAACGCUUUCAACUCCCACUUAUUACGAACGAUUCAGAGAAGCUUUUGUUACCGAAGUCAACGAAUUCGUAGCUUGUGUUCUCGACGACACUACUAUCCCUUCAACCGUUCAAGAUGCCAUUGAAGCAGGGAGUAUUGCGCAAGCAUUAACGUACUCCUUCCGCUCCGGAAAGCCAGUGCACUUCAACGAUAGAAACAAAGCAGUGAUAGCAUGA